ACGAUGAUCCUGGACCCUAGCCAAAUCACCUAGCAGCUCCUGCUCUAUAAAUACCAAUGCGCGUAUCCUCCGCAUCAUCACCAGCAGCACAACACAACACUCGAGAUCAUCAAGGUCUUCAGAUAUUCUAGCUUGCGACGAUGAGCUCCGCGACGACGGAACAGGUGGAGUGCGGCGGCGGCAAGAGGUCGUGGCCGGAGGUGGUGGGGCUGAGCGUGGAGGAGGCCAAGAAGGUGAUCCUCAAGGACAAGCCCGACGCCGACAUCGUCGUCCUGCCCGCCGGCUCGGCUGUGACCGAGGACUUCCGCCCCAACCGCGUCCGCAUCUUCGUCGACACCGUCGCCGAGACGCCCCAUGUCGGCUAGCUAGCUUCAGUUCGAUCCGUGCUUGCUCGGUCACGAUCGAGUUGAAUAAAUGAAUAAGUCAGAACGAACAUGCGCAUGCAUCUUCUGCGGGAUUAAUCGUGUGUUCGAUCGGGUGUUACGUUUCGAACCGUGAUGUCAUGUGCCUGUUAUGUUUUAAUUUCCACGAAUAAGCCAUAUAUAAUAAUGUAAGCACAUGCAAAGCUAGAUACAUCGCUUUGCAUUGUCAUUUGCGUUGAUCGAUCCAUCAUUGCAUGAAUGAAUGGAUUAGUUUGCUUGCACUUAAGC